UGUGUGUGUGAGUGGCAGUAUGAGAUGGCGUCCCUCAGUUCUUCGUUCGUGCAGAUCCGCUUCAAUGACAUCAGCUUCCACGAGAACUGCGGCGGGGGCAGCUUCGGGAGUGUGUACCGCGCCCACUGGGUCUCCCAGGACAAGGAGGUGGCCGUCAAGAAACUCCUGAAGAUCGAAAAGGAGGCAGAGAUUCUCAGCGUUCUGAGUCACAAGAACAUCAUCCAGUUUUACGGCGCCAUCCUGGAGGCCCCCAACUAUGGCAUCGUCACAGAGUACGCCAGCGGAGGCUCUCUCUAUGAGUAUUUGUCCAGCGUAGAGAGCGAGGAGAUGAACAUGGGGCAGGUCAUGACCUGGGCAGUGGACAUCGCUAAAGGAAUGCAUUACUUACAUUCAGAGGCUCCAGUUAAAGUCAUUCACAGAGACUUGAAGUCACGGAACGUGGUGCUGACGGCAGACAAGCUGUUAAAGAUCUGUGACUUCGGGGCGUCUAAGUUCCAGUCCCACACCACACACAUGACCCUGGUGGGCACGUUCCCCUGGAUGGCACCGGAGGUCAUCCAGAGUCUGCCCGUGUCUGAGACCUGUGACACGUACUCAUACGGCGUGGUCUUGUGGGAGAUGCUCACCAGAGAAGUCCCUUUCAAAGGGUUCGAGGGCCUGCAGGUAGCCUGGCUAGUGGUGGAAAAACACGAGGUAGGAAACUACAACUCCCACAAUCCCCCUGUGUGUGAGAUCGAUGCCACUCUGGAGCGUCUGAAGAUGCUGGAGAGGGAGCUGAGCACCAAAGAACAGGAGCUGGAGAAGAGGGAGCAGAGGCUCCGAGAGUGGGAGCAACAACUCAUGGAGCGAUCCUCCAGAGCGCCCGUCAGCACCAAGUUCUCCUCCCCGGUGAUGGGCACCCUGAGUGCGGAGUCCUUCUUCGAGUCGCACUGUGAGGAGAGCAACAGCUCCGAGGUCAGCUGCCAGAUCUCGUCCACCUCCUCCACCUCCUGCAGUAACGGCGAGCUGGGGGGCGUAGUAGGGGGCGCCGGCGGCGGGGGGGGGGGGCUGCAGGCGCUGGUGCUGUCGGGGUUCCGGGACGUGUUCGGGGACAUGGACGGGCCCGCUGGGGCGGGGGAGUCGGUGCGCUCCUCGGGGUUCCGGGACGUGUUCGGGGACAUGGACGGGCCCGCGGGGGGGGGGGAGUCGAGUGUGCGCUCCUCCGGGAUGCAGGUCAGCAUGCAGGCCAAGCAGAACUCGUCCAAGUCCCACAGCGUCCGCCAGGGGCGCAAACUCAACAUGGCCAUCAACAUGGACGACUUUGGCUGGUCCAACGAUGACGACGACGACGAGAGCGAUUAGGUGUGGCGUGCAGGAGGAGGAGGAAGAGGAGGAAGAGGAGGGAGGAACUGGGAGGGUGUAGGCAGUAGAGGGGGGGGGUGGGGGGGGGAUGUUGGGUUCUGAUCCGUUGUUGGUGUUCUGAAGUGCCUCAGCAGGACCUCUGAUGUCACUGCAGCUUCCUGUGUGCGUCUGCAGCUUUGCUGGACCCACCCCCAUGCCACUCAUUCUGCCUGCCAAUCAAAAGCCCCAGCCAAUCAGGUAGCUCUGCCACAGGUUACAGCUGUCCUGCCAUUGGACGCCCCCCCCCCCCCGCUGCUCUGUGUGUGUGAGACCCCUCCUCCACGAGGUGCUCAUGGGCUGAAAUCUCUCCCAGAAUGCAGUUCACUCCAUAGUAGAUCUGGUGCGGUUCUGACCCAAACCACCUCUAGAGGGCGCUGUGCUGUGUGUGUGUGUGUAUGUGUGAGUGUGUGUGCGUGUGUGUGAGGGUGUGUGUGUGUGAGGGUGUGU